AUGGAGCUCCGCCCUAAACUUACCAACGUUCUACAACACUCAAGCAAGACUUCCACUUCCACUGCCUCCGAUGCCCAAACUCCAACCAAGACGAAGAGCAUCAACACCAAAGACAAGCGCAACAUCAAGAUUGGCAUUGCUGCGCUCCGUACCGUCAGCAAAUGGACCGAAAAAGCUGCACUGACGCUAGAGAAGCUCGAGGGCCAAGAGGCGUCGAAGCACUGCCAAGAUCGCCAGGCGCGCUUGCUCGCAGAAGAUGGUAGCAAAGGGUACGGAAAGCAAGUCCAAGAUACUGGGGUAUGGAGAGAUACCGUAGUAUACCCGGUACCUGCCCAGGUUGAUAGUGCUAGGGGGAUCGAGGCACACGAACAGCCAAGAGUGUACAGAGCACCAGCACCUGCCAGCCAAGGAGAAAGUCACAUUGCGGCCAGCGCUGUCGAGGUACCUAUCGUUCAGACUCAUCAUGCACAUGUCUUGGCUUCCGUUGAGGAGUACUAUGACGAAAGCAGUGAUGACGACAAGCAUGGCAGUACCUCUAGGCAGAUCGGUCUCAACAGCUCCACAGACGUUGACGCAGAUGAAGAUACCGAUGAGGAAGAUACUUCUGAUGACUCUAGCGACGAUGAGAAGGAGGAUGGCAGCGAUGACGACUCGGAUAGCUCGGCGCAUGAUAGCUCUGAUGAUGCUGAUGAUUCGGACGAGGAGGAGUUAGAGGCCGAACAUCUCACGACCGUGAAUGCCAAGAAGUGA